UUUUUUUUUUUUUUUUUUUUUUCCUUCUGCUUCUUCUUCUUUUUCUCUUAGGUUUUAAGCUUGUGUAUCGAUGUCGUUGGGGUUUUCCCGUUCCUCAACACGCUUGACGUGCAACUGUCUCCGAUUUAUCCAUUUUCCACGCACAUGUUUUACAGCUUUCAAUCCAGUUUUAAUCUAGGAGUAUAAUUGAUGUUUAAUUUGGUUUCUGAACGUGAACGGGGUGAGGAAUUGGCACCGGAUUCUUAGGUGAUGAUUGAUGUAGCCGAUGUGGAAGGUGUGUGCCGAUCAAGAACUGCUUUGUGUUGCUGCUUUUGGUAAGCCUAUCUUGUUGUUCAAAGGAUAGUAAUGAAAUCAGAGUAGACGUCGGAUUGGUGGAGGGAAUGUAGUUUGAAGUUAGUCAGUAUGCAUCGGGUCGGCAGCACUGGAAAUACUGCCAAUUCCACUCGUCCUCGCAAAGAGCGGCGUAUUACCUAUGUUCUUCGGGACUCCAAUGACUCCAAGCAUUGUUCAGGAAUUAAUUCUAUAACUGGUCCUAACGGUUUGAAAGGCGACAAUGGUGGUGAGCACUUGUUUAGUGCCAGUCGUGAUGGAACCUUGAAGAGGUGGGAACUUGGAGGGAAUGAAGCUGUAUGUGGCGCUACGUUUGAAUCUCACGUUGACUGGGUCAAUGAUGUGGUUGUUACUGGUGAUGAUACUCUUGUGUCCUGCUCCUCGGACACCACGCUGAAGACGUGGAAGCCGUUUUCGGAUGGCGAAUGUACUCGGACCUUUCGGCAGCAUUCUGAUUAUGUCACUUCACUUGCUGCUGCCCGUCAUAGCAAUAUAGUGGCUUCUGGUGGAUUGGGUCGAGAGGUUUUCAUAUGGGAUUUAGAAGCGGCCAUGGUGCCAGUUGCUAAAGCACAUAAUGAUGCCAACGAGGAUGGAACUUAUGAAGGUGAUCGUGCAAUUACUUCAAAUAAUCUUGUCACAGCUGCUCCUGCACAAAAUCUUUCACAAGGAUAUGCUCCUCUACCUGCGAAAGGCCACAAAGAGUCCGUUUACGCUCUUGCCAUGAAUGAUACGGGGUCCAUUUUGGUCUCAGGUGGUACAGAAAAGGCGGUCCGAGUGUGGGAUCCAAGAACUGGAUCUAAGCAAAUGAAAUUAAAAGGUCACACUGACAAUGUUCGGGCUCUCCUUCUAGACCCUACUGGCAGACUUUGCUUGUCAGGGUCGUCAGACUCUAUGAUAAGGCUCUGGGAUCUAGGACAACAACGUUGCAUUCAUUCCUACGCGGUUCACACGGAUUCUGUUUGGGCUUUUGCAAGCACGCCAUCAUUCAGUCAUGUGUAUAGCGGCGGUCGUGACUCCUCAGUAUAUCUCACGGACUUGUCCACGAGAGAAAGUAUUUUACUCUGUAAAGAGGAACAUCCUGUCUUAAGGUUGGCCCUGCAAGGUGAUCAAUGGCUUUGGGCGGCAACUACCGAUUCCUCUCUUCAUAAAUGGCCCGCCCGUGAGCGGGCUACUAGCAAAACUUUACAAAGAGCCAGCUCAUUCGUUGCUGGAUCACUUCCAUUUGCCCGUGCCCGAGCAAAUAUAGAUGGAUCAGCUCCUGUUCCCUUGUACAGUCAGCCUACUUCAGUUAUUCCUGGUACUGCUGGCAUUGUUCAGCAUGCCAUUUUGAAUGACCGACGUCACGUCCUCACCAAGGACACGGCAGGCAUUGUGAAGCGUUGGGAAAUUACGCGUGGAGCUGUGAUUGAGGAUUAUGGAAAGGUGAACUUCGAAGAGAAAGAAAAGGCCCUUUUUGAAAAGGUGAGUGUGCCAGCAUGGUUCACAAUGGAUACAAGGUUAGGAAGCAUGUCUGUGCAUCUCGACACGCCUCAGUGUUUCUCAGCAGAAAUGUAUGCUGUUGAUUUACACGUCCCUGGUGCUUCAGACGAAUUGAAGUUGAACAUUGGUCAAGAAACACUUCGUGGACUUCUUGCACACUGGCUAACUCACAGGCUAGUGAAGCCAGUUGCACCUAGCACCCCGAAGGGUGAUGUUAGUCCUGGUUUGAGUUCUGGAGUUGGGGAACUUGGUUCGAAUCGGCGGACAACCUUGGAUGAUAGCCAACAUGAGCCGAACAGCCAGCAGACACGUGUGUUACCUUCGUUUGAGUUCUCAACCCAGUCGCCUCCAUCCAUUAUUACUGAAGGCUCUCAGGGUGGGCCAUGGAGGAAAAAAGCAACAGAACUUAAUGGAACAGAGGACGAGAAAGAGCUGCCAUCGUGGUGUAUCGAUUGUGUUCUUCAUGGACGUAUCUCACAGCGCGAAAAUGCAAAGUGUAGCUUUUAUCUUCAUCCAUACGAAGGUCAAACAAUAACUGUUCUUACUCAAGGCAAAUUGAGUGCACCACGGAUUCUUCGGAUACUCAAAGUAAAGAACUAUGUAUUAGAAAAGUUAUUACUGGAGAGACCCCUUGAAGAAAACGGGUCAGAUGCGAAUGCCCCAGCGGGUCAACAAGCCGGCGGAAAUGCCAAUGGAAAAGGAAAUAAUGUGUUUAGGCCUGGUUCAAAGAGUUGGCCACAGGGCACGAAGCCUGUCGUGGAAAUUUUGUGUAAUGAUCAGGUUCUGCCACCUGAUAUGAGUUUAGCGACUGUGAGAGCUUAUGUUUGGAAGAAACCAGAGGACUUGUAUCUUCACUAUCGCACAGUGCCCAGCCUUUAAUUUAUUUAUUUUUUGUAAAGUUAAUGAAUAUUUUUAGAUGCUCAUAUUGUGCACGCUUCAGAUUUGCUUAUCCUGGGCAUCAACAGGUUAUGACUAGCAGGUUACUAACGAUGUGCGCACGAUGUUUCUAUUUCGACUUGUACAACUGUUGGAAAGCUGUUAAUGGAUGCCAGUGGAUACCAAAUCUGGUGGCUUUAGAUUUUGAGGGAAUGGCCGCUUCAUGUAAAUAGUCAUGAUUUUCACCUGGAAAGAUGAGUUUCAAACGCACUAUUGUCUAUC